AUGCGUGACUACAGUACAGUAACUGGUGGGCCCAACCAACGUCAUCUCAACCAACCUCACCUCGGCACUCCGCCAUUUUCUCAUCCGCCUCGCAGUAACUCGAGCUUGGACGACGACUCGCACUCUUCCAGCGCAUACAACGCCUCGACCGCGGCCCUCCGAACUCGCGCAUCGUGCAUCGGCCAACCCCAUGCUCCCCGAGGCCUUGCCGUCGCCGCAACGAUGAUGUCCUCGGCAAACGAGGAGGACCCCUUCCUCCAGGUCCAACAGACCGUCUCCGUCCUUCCCCUCCCCCUCCUCAUCCCUCUCCAACCGCCCAAUGAUCGAAGCGAUGCCUGUCGCUCAUCGCCCCCGUCACCCAGAGAUGUUCUCGCCCAGCUCGCCUCCACCCGCCCCCUCUUCGCAUCCUACCAGCGCAUCCGCUCGCUCUCCACUGCGCCCUCGUCUCCCGAGCUGGCCUCGGCCCGUGCCGACCUCGAGUCCGCCCUCAACACGCUCGCCGAGGACCUCACCGACCUCGCCGCCUCCGUCCAGGCCAUCGAGCAUAACCCCGCCCAGUUCGGCAUAUCCGCCGACGAGGCCACCCGCCGCAAACGACUCGUCCUCGACGUCCGCCGCGAGGUCGAUACCAUGCGCGAUGACCUCCGCGACAACCAACACCACGCGACCACGGCCACAUCUGACCUUCCUGACCCCAGCACCUUCGCCUCCGUUGCCGACGACGCCGAUCCUGAUGGCGGCUCCUACGCCGAGUUUGAACAGCACCAGCAGCUCGAGAUGAUGCGCGAGCAGGAUCAGCACCUCGAUGGAGUCUUCCACACCGUCGGAAACCUCCGCCGCCAGGCCGACGACAUGGGUCGUGAGCUCGAGGAGCAACACGAGAUGCUCGAGUUGGUCGACAACGCCGCGGACCGCGUCGGCACGAGGCUCCAGAACGGCAUGCAGAAGCUGCAGCACGUCAUGCGCCAGAACGAAGACCGCUGGAGCAGCUGCUGCAUCGCUGUCCUCAUCUUCGUCCUCAUACUGCUGCUCGUCCUGCUGCUGAUAGUAUGA